AUGCAAUCAUUCUUGCAAAGAUAUAGCUUUGAUAUCGAGUCGCUUAAAAGCAUGCUUUCCUUUGUUUGCUUCACGUUGUCCUUCCCAGUAGUGGCGGCUUCACUAUCGGGCAGCAUGUCAACUAUUCGGAAUGUGGUGGUGGUCGGUGGAACGCACGGGAACGAGUACACGGGGGUCUGGUGCAUCAAGGCCCUUGACCGGGCUGCCGAAAGCCUCAGCGCUCUUUACCCUUCGUUACGGAUAUCCACGUUACUUGCAAACCCUGAAGCCUAUCGUCAAAAUAAACGAUUUAAUCCCUACGCGCUCACGAAAUCAAUGAGAUGCUCGGGCCAAAGUUUCAAAACCGAUGUCAUCGUGGAUUUGCAUUCCACAACUAGCAACAUGGGUCUGACGCUUAUAAUUGCCGAAGGCGACUCACUCAUGGCUGCGGCAGCCGCUUAUGUAUUGCUGAAGUGUGGAGGCGAAGCUCGCGGAGCUCGAUGUUUAAUGCACUCUCAUCCUUCACGAGAAUCUCGGCCGAACCUAUCGUCGGCUGCACGGCACGGGUUCACUAUUGAAGUCGGGCCUGUUCCUCAAGGAAUACUCCGUCACGAUGCCGUUGAAAGGACGCAACAAGCGGUGGCGGCGCUACUGGAAUUUCUGCAGCUUCACAAUCAAGACAGGACUCGUUUGCUACAGAAUCUGCGGCAAGCCUAUGAUAAUAAAAAAGUUCCUUGCUUUCGAUCUGCACCAGCACGGAGACCGGGAGAAAUGUCAGGGAAAAUCACUUGGCCCUGUGAUUCCGAAAAUGUCAAUUUCCCAGCAGUGAUGGUACACAAGGACUUGCAAGAUCGGGAUUUUCAUGAAAUACAAACAGGUGAUCCCCUUUUUGUCGAUUUGAAAGGCAAGACCAUUCCGUAUACCGGGUCACAUGGGUCGCCUGUCUAUCUCAUGUUCGUUAACGAAGGCGGGUAUUAUUACGCAAGUUCUGGAACUGGUAUUGGCGUCGCUAUCCGAGCUGAUUUUAAUCUGGAGUCGGGGAAAUUUGUAGAAAAGAUCACGGUGGGAGAGUAUGAUGUAUCCUAGGAUAGACAGGAAUCUCACAGCGAGCUGCUGUACGACGGCGUAGCAAAAUGUUGACAUUACCAUCGUGGUGGAUGAAAAAAAGAAUGAUUGCAAGGUAGGUCACCGUAUGCUACUUGAAAGGAGGAGAG